GCAAUGACUCCUCUCGCACUGCAGUCAGGUCUUUGAAAAAAUUAACAAAGCUACUGCCUCCGGAGAAUCCACUGCAGAGCCCAAUGCAUGCUAAGAAAUCAUGCACCAGCUGGGCCACUUGGAUCAACACCUUUAACUGACAGGCCUUUAUCUUCUAUGAACCAACAUGGAAAGGAAUCUUAAGAAUGUUCUUGUCAUUUCUUUUGGAUUUUUACUUCUAUUUACUGCUUAUGGAGGGCUGCAGAGUCUGCAGAGCAGUCUCCACUCUGAAGAGGGUCUUGGCGUUGCCUCACUAAGUGUUAUCUAUGCAGCUCUCAUCCUAUCUUCCAUGUUUCUCCCUCCAAUCCUCAUUAAGAAGCUGGGCUGCAAGUGGACCAUUGCAGGCUCCAUGUGCUGCUACAUCGCAUACUCCUUGGGCAACUUCUAUGCCAGCUGGUACACGCUAAUCCCUACCUCCAUAAUCCUAGGACUUGGGGGAGCCCCUCUCUGGUCUGCUAAAUGCACCUAUCUCACAAUAGCUGGCAAUUUGUAUGCCCAAAAGGCAGGGAAAAUUGGAAGAGAUGUCAUCAAUCAGUAUUUUGGGCUCUUCUUUCUCAUAUUCCAGUCUUCUGGAGUCUGGGGAAAUCUUAUUUCAUCUUUGAUAUUUGGCCAGACUACCACCACAGUAGCGGAAGUCUCAGAAGAAGACCUGAUGUGCUGUGGAGCAUAUGACUGCAUGACAAAUGCUACAACUAACACCACUGCAUCGAGUGGGCCAAGCAAGACCUUAAUCUAUAUCCUGUUGGGUGUCUACACUGGUAGUGGUGUGAUAGCUGUGUUGCUGAUUGCUCUAUUUCUGGAUCAAAUCAAAGCCAACCAAGCAGAGAGUGAGACAGAAAAGAUGCAGACACAGUCCUUUUGGUCCACAUUCCUAGCAACUUUCCAGCAUCUUAAAGAUAAGCGACAGUGUCUCCUAAUCCCUCUGACAAUGUACAGUGGGUUUGAGCAGGCAUUCCUUGCUGGUGACUAUACAAAGUCAUAUGUGACCUGUGCCCUGGGGAUACAUUUUGUUGGUUAUGUGAUGAUCUCCUUUUCAGCUGCAAAUUCAUUCUGCUCUCUGCUCUUUGGAAAGAUUUCCCAGUUUACUGGCAGAAAAGCCCUAUUUGCAUUAGCUGCAGUUACAAACCUUGCCUGUCUAAUAGCACUAUUGCUGUGGAAACCUCACCCAAACCAACUUGCUGUAUUCUUCAUAUUCCCUGCUCUUUGGGGCAUAGCUGAUGCCAUCUGGCAGACACAAACCAAUGCACUCUAUGGAGUUUUAUUUGAGAAGCACAAAGAGGCAGCCUUUGCUAAUUAUCGACUCUGGGAGUCAUUGGGAUUUGUCAUCGCCUUUGGAUACAGCACCUUCUUACAUGUUUACGUCAAACUGUACAUCGUAAUGGCUGUGCUGGUGGUGGCUAUAGUGAUGUAUGGGGCACUUGAAUACCUGGAAGCAAAGGACUUGCCUGGAACACCUACCACUGUGAAGGAGGAAAUAACCGGAUCUGUAGUCCAGCAAACACGCCUUUAAACCCAACAGGAUCAGAGCAGUGGAAACAAAGAAUGCUGGGCAGCUCAGCACAACUGAUUUCUUUAAGGGAGAUUCAAAGUGUUCAAUCAGAUUUUAGAAGAAUAUAAAGGAACUGUUUUCCCAGUUAGGCUAAUAAAAGAAAUAGGAAUAAAUCUCCUUUCAUACCUCUGGUUGUUGAAAGAUUAUCUGACUUUGUCAUUUCACUCAAACUCUUACUAAUAAUGACCAACUAUUUUUAAAAAAAUUAUAUUGGAUUUUUUUUACAAAUAAAAUUUUA